UAACUUGCAUUUGACAAACGGCGACCAUUUCUACGUGUCAAGAAGUUUUAUCGGUAUACGUGUAGUUAGCUUAACAAAUUUGUGUUAUUUUAUAAAAUUAAAACAAAAUGCAUACCGUUUUAACGCGCGGAAAUGCCACUGUGGCAUAUUCGUUGAGUGUUCUCGCCUGCUUAACUUUUUGUUGUUUUCUUUCGACUGUCUUUCUCGACAGUAGGACAACUGCACACGUAAACACUGUAAAGGUGCUAGUGAAAAACGUUCCUGACUAUGGCGCCUCCCGUGAGAAACAUGAUUUGGGUUUUCUUACCUUCGAUUUGGAGACGAAUUUGACAAGCCUCUUCAAUUGGAAUGUUAAACAAUUGUUCCUUUACCUGACCGCUGAAUAUAAAACUCCAGACAGUGUGCUAAAUCAAGUUGUGUUGUGGGACAAAAUAAUAUUACGCGGAGAAAAUUCUGCAUUAGAUUUUAAGAAUAUGAAUACAAAAUAUUACUUCUGGGAUGACGGCAAUGGUUUAAAGAACAACAAAAAUGUUUCGCUAUAUCUGUCGUGGAAUAUCAUACCAAAUGCAGGCUUGUUGCCAACAAUCAGAUCACUCGGAUCUCACACAUUCAAAUUCCCUGCUGAAUAUUCAAUUGCCUCGGUGUAAGAAAUACUAAACUACACCUUUAAUUUGUAAUUAAAAAGAAUAACUAAAACAAACAAAUUAUAUUUAUAUAUUUCAAAAUAACUUGAAUUUAAAAGUUGUAUUUUGGGUCCUAAUUAUAUUUAAAUAAACAAUAAAUUGUUUGUUUGAUCAUGAAGCACAUAGUCAAAUUCGCGAAGCUUUGUGGUUCAGCAUA